AUGACAACUUCAGAUCCAUACCUAGAAAAAGAUAUCUCUAUAAAGGCUACCGAUUUAUCUCAAUGGAGACUUAAAGUUGACCAUGGAAGACAAACGUGGCAUUAUCUGGAAAGCGAUGAAGCAAAAAAUUUGCCUCAGUCUAUAAUUGAAAAAUAUUGGUUAGGCAUACCUUUUGAAUCAAAAAAAUUCGACAAACCAAAAACUGCAUUAGAGGCAGCACGAAAUGGAUUUGAAUUUUUUAAGCUACUCCAGACGGAAGACGGUCAUUGGGCCGGUAAUUACGGCGGCCCUAUGUUCUUAUUACCCGGACUUAUAAUUUCAAUGUACAUUACGCGUAUCACUAUUCCUGAAAGUUGGCGAAUUGAAAUUAUCCGAUAUCUAUUCAAUAAAGCUAAUCCAGUUGAUGGUGGAUGGGGAAUACAUGUUGAAGGUCAUUCAACAGUGUUUGGAACAACCUUGAAUUACAUUGUCCUUCGUAUCCUUGGAAUAGAUGCUGACCAUCCAUACAUGGUCAAAGCUCGUGCGACUUUGCAUAAACUCGGAAGUGCAACUGCGAUACCCUCAUGGGGUAAAUUUUGGUUGUCGUGUCUAAAUGUCUAUAACUGGGAAGGGAUGAAUCCUGUUCCACCUGAAUUAUG